GGGACUCUUGGUUCGUAAAUGUGUCUGGCGCCGUUUUGGACGUUAAUGAAGUGUAAUGUGAACUUCUAAAUGAACUAAAAAUGAAUGAACAAGAUCAGAUUAUGUCCGAAAUAGAUCGAAAGCAAGUAACCGAGUUCAUUGUUGAAGCUUCUGAACGUUUGUCUUUGAGAACAACACUGUUGGAGCAAAAUUUAGCAGUUGCAGGCAAAUGGCCAGAUGAUGCCUUCUUCGUAAAAAAGGAUUCAACUUUGAAAAAGAAUACUGCUUUUGUCAAGAAAGUGCGAAACUUUCUCGAUAGCCAGAAAGAUGCACUUUUAUCAGAGUUCGAGUCCCUGAAUCUUUCUAAAUAUGUCGAAGAAGUCGCAACCGCGAUCGUUGAAGCGAAAAUAAAAUUAACUGAUAUUCCUUUUAUGCUGAAAUUAUGUUCAGCGAUGUACCAACGGUAUUCAGAUUUUGGAGUGUUGUUUUUUGAUGCGUGGAAGAAAUCAUUCUCUUCCCACAAAGAUCUAAAGAACACUAAUCUUUCCAAACUACGAGUUGAUUUGGCCUUAUUCGCUGAUCUUAAUACAAUCGGAAUAUUUCGAGACGCUGAUGGUAUCCGACUGUUGGCUGGGCAAUUGACUCUUCUAACUGCAAAUGAUCAUGAUAACUUCUCCAAUAUCGGGAUACUUAGUAGCUUCUGUAGACAUUGCAGUGACGACUGGAUAGGAGUCAUCCCGCGUCGUAUACGACUGUUAUCUGAAAAGUAUGAAAUGCCGGUUCCACGUUCCAUUUUCAUGUCAUCUGAACGUCAAGCAAAGUGUCGUACACUAUUCAAUGACUAUCUAGCUGGAGCGAUGCAUCGUUUACAAAAUAUGGUCAAAGAAACCCAACGAAUCAUCUCAGGAAACAGGGACCAACUCGAAAGCCGUGGUGAAGUUAGCGAAGAGAGACAAGAGCGGGCGGAGCAUUUAAUGUCAGCCUGUCGUAAAUUUCACGAGUCCUUAAGUACUUUAGCUGAUCUUUUGGACGCAGAUCCACCACUUGAUUUUUCAUCUAUGAUAAAAGAUGAAUCUAUGUCAGACUUGACCGCACCUGAUUCCGUCGAAAAAGUUGUUCAUGAAGAAGUUAAUCUGUUUGAAGAUGAAGAUACACGUUUAUUUUACGAAAGUCUACCUGAUAUCAAAGCAAUGGUACCUGCGAUCCUUUAUAAAGAAAGUGAACAAGCUGGUGUAGAAUCAAAUCAGUCAAAGAAUGAGGAUGGAGAUCCUGCCGGAAGUGAAGAUAUUGAUAUUGACACCGUUGAAUCAGAAUUAGCUAAAGAAGAAGCAUUAAUUCGGGUAUCAGAAGAUGGUAAUGAAUCAGCUAAUUGCACAUCUAUAUCUGAUAAAUCAAAACCAUAUCUGUUAAAUACCGAUGAUGGUGAAGAAGAUCUAAAUCUUUCGGGGAAGGUUCUCAUGGAAACGUUUUUAACCCAAUUACCAAACUGCAUUAAUCGGGAUCUCAUCGAUCGAGCAGCUAUCGACUUUUGUUUGAAUUUAAAUAAACGAGUGAAUCGUCGACGGCUUGCUAAAGCUUUAUUUAGUGUUCCAAGAACGCGUUAUGAUUUAUUACCAUUUUAUGCGCGCCUUUUGGCUUCAUUAGCCCCAGUGAUGCCUGACUUGGUACAAGAUAUCAAUUCUAUGCUUACUGCAGAAUUCCGUUGGCGUCUGUCUAAACGAGAUCAAUUAAAUAUCGAAUCCAAAUUGAAAGUGGUUCGAUUUAUUGGGGAACUUGUCAAAUUUAAGAUUUAUCCAGCUCAUCAAGCUUUGACUUGUUUAAAACAACUUCUUCCUCAAUUUGUACACCAUAACAUCGAUAUGGCCUGUGCUUUAUUGGAUACUUGUGGGCGUUUUCUUUAUCGUUUACCUAUAUCACAUAAACGUACAAAAGUUUAUUUAGAAAUAAUGCUUAGAAAAAAAGUUGCUUUACAUAUGGAUCAGCGUUAUUCUAUUAUGAUUGAAAAUACAUAUUACUAUUGUAAUCCUCCACCGUCCAGUCGCCAGAUUGUCGAACCUGUGAAGUUGACACCUCAAAUGAUGUUUAUACGUCAUAUUUUGCUAACGAAAUUGGACCGAACUACCGUUAAUACUACUUUACGGCUAAUUCGAAAAAUGGAUUGGGAUGAUCAAGAACUUGUCGAAUUUACGUGCACCCUUUUCACUAGGGCGUGGGAUGUUCGCUAUACGAAUAUAAAUUGUCUAGCCAGUGUGUUAUCUGGGUUGGCUACCUAUCAUCCGGACUUUGCCAUGGCUGUUGUUGAUAAUGUCAUCGAAGAUAUCCGUGUGGGAAUGGAGCUCAACCUUCCCAGUUUAAAUCAGCGUCGAAUUGUAAUGGUCAAAUACCUUGGUUUGUUGUAUAACUAUUGUCUGGUGGAUUCUCCGGUGAUAUUCAAAACACUUUACUCUCUUCUCACAUUUGGUGUUAGCUUGGAUCUUGAUUUCCCAAGUAUUAUCGACCCGCCGGAUUCAUUGUUUCGAAUUACAUUAAUUUGCACGCUACUUGAAACAUCUGGAAGUUUCUUCGAUCAGGGUAAAAAGCGACGAAAAUUGAACAUAUUCCUUAUAUACUUUCAGCGUUACUACUGGUUCAAGCGUUCUCUUCCUAUAUGGGUGCAGUCGAAAAACGACGCCGAGUUAUUAUCAGCCAAAUCAGUAAGUGAAACGAAGACAGAUCUCCAUACUGGCGAACUAACUUCUUCGGUUGAAGAGCCUGCUGUAAAUCAUUCUGAAGAUUCGUUGGUAUUGAAUAAUCCUGAAUCAUCAGUUGAUAUCUCCGGUCUUAAUUCAGACACCCAAACUAAUCUACCUAUGUUUGUUCCUGUGCGUUUUCCUGUUGCAGUAGAGCAACAAUAUUUUGAAACUUUACAACAGUUCCGUGGUAAUGUUGGUCGAGCGAAAAAUUUCGCAGAAGCACAACGUCUCGUUCGUCAUCUGGAAGCCCGAUGCCUGCCACGCCUUGCACGCCUUAAGGCUACAUAUGGACUAACAAGUGAAUCAGAAAACGUGGAAAAUGGUGGUCAAGACCUAAAAAUUAUUUCAGAGAACAAAUCACUGCGACCAACUGGUCCUGGUCACAUGGAUACGAUAGCUGAAGAGGCUGAACAAGAAGAUGGAGACAUCCAUCUGGGUGACGAGUAUUCUAUGGAUGAAGAAGAUUCUGAUUUGGAUGACGAAGAUGAAGAACAAGGAGGUGAAAUUCAUGCAUCUCAACGCCGUCAAUCUACUGAAUUGAUAGAAUCGGAUGGUAGUCGUCGUCGUGCUCACGUUGACAGCCAACAAUCUCAAGAGGAUAUUGAUCUCACACUAGAGAAAACAGAAGAAAAAGAAGCAGAGGAAGAGGAGAUUGAUCAGAACUAUGAGUUGAAGCCACGAUUUAUUGAUUGUCCUGAGGAUACUGCAUUUUGUGAAGCUUUAGAUAAAAUGAUUGCCGAAGCAUUAUUGUCAUCUACAUCAGGGAGUAAUAGUAGUAGUGUCAGUGGUACAGUUACUAGUGUAACCAGCACUAUCAAUGUUAGUACUGAUACAAAUCCUCCAUCAUCUCGAACUCUCAGUGUAAAUGUUCUUCCUGCUCCAGAAAUACUACAACUAGCAGCAGCAAAGAGUCGUUUAGCAAUGAAAGAAGGUGGCAGUUCAUCGACAAAUAAAGCUAACCAGCAAGUGAUUAAUCAUCAUAACUCAACCCUUCAUUCUGUGCCGACAAAAUCUAAUGGAGAUAAUUUAGAAAUUAAUCAUUCGGAUACGUUGUCAGCUGUAAAUGAUGAAGAUAUUCAAAAUACUGUUCCCUUUACACUAGUUUCACGUCGUGGGAAUAAACCUCAUCUAAUUCCAUUGGCAGUCCCGGAUUCAGUACAAUUUGCAGCACGUUAUAUUCAAGCUGCAGCUGCUGAGAGAGAAGAAAGGGCUCGGAUGAAACAACUAGUACUUGAAAUGCAUGAAGCUCAGAAAGAAGAAGAAAUGGAGUGGGGUUAGUCAGUAAUAGCUUAUAUGACUCUUUCUAAAUUCAAAUAUGGAGUUCAUGAAUUUAUUUUUACAGUCGUUUUGUAACCUAUUCUCUUGUAUAACAGUUGGGUUUCUGAAUGUUAAAGUUUAUGAGUUCUGCUGUAUUAUUGAUAAAAAAUUUCAAUAUUUGACUUUUAUUACUAGGUCAUUACGGAGGUCCAGAUGCUGUUUUGGCUCAUCAAUUCCCCGUCAAUGUGAACCGUGAUCGCUGGGUAAAGUAUAAUCAUCCAAAAGGAGCACCGGACGCCGAUGUAGUUUUUGGAACACACAGUCAAAAACGAUGUGCCAAUUAAUGAGCGUAUCCUGUUAGAAAGAUUUAUUAAUCAUGGUCAUCUGUUUCAAAAAAUGGGACAAUUUGAAAUGGGAGAAAUUAUGGAUUGUUCGAUAUUCAACGAAUCCUUGUGUGUGUUGCACAGCAUUCUAUGGGCAUAGCAUGUGUGCAAGUAUGUUGAGAUGCAGUUUUGAUGAGUUGAACAGAUAAGAUGUUUUAAAAUGUAAUCAAUAAAAGAAAUAUGUAUUUAAGUAUUCUUUUCCCUUUCUUCAAUUUCUUCCUUAUUUUUCAAUUGUUUUAUAAAAAGAAAGUUUUUAAAAAAAAUACUUCUCAUUAAUGAAGAUACAAGUCACAUAGUAAAAUAAGACUGGGUUUUGGUUGUAUGAACUUAUUUUGGAUUUCUACUUGUUUAGUGUAUGUACUCAUGUUUUCAAGUUGAUUAUUGUACUGUUUGAUUCAGUCUGUUGUCCUCUUAUGUAAGAAAUAACUAAAUUAUUAUUAUCCUUUGAAAGGUCUAAGUAGCGAUUGCUAUGAGAUCAUUUAUCUUUAACUAUUAUGCUGCGAUCUUCACAUUCAACAAGAACUUCUGUGUUCUCAUUCUUUGUCCGUCUCGCAGUUUUUGGUCAUUCAAAAUACAGUUGUUUUAUUUCUCG